AUGGCAGUUGACACAGAUUUUUGUUUUCAUACGAUUAACAUCAGUCGGAUAGUGGUAGUGAAUCUUACCUCGUUAACGAUUACACGCAAUAUUGGAUCAGGACCAGGCGCAUUUCCUAAUCAGUUUAAUGCAUGCACAUAUCUCUGUGUUGUUGGAACAUCGAUAUACGUUCUAGAUAGGCUGAACUAUCGAAUUCAACAAUGGGCAAUAAAUGGAACGAAUCCAACGACUCGUAUUGGAACAAUUGGUUUUAGCUAUGCUAUUUUUGUUGAUCAAUACGAGAACUUGUACGAUAGUUUGCUAAAUGAUAAUAAAGUCAUAAGCUAUCCACCAAACUCAACAAUUUCUAGCAUAGUAGCGGGAAAUGGUAAUGCAAGUUCGCAGCCCUCUCGACUGAAUUUUCCUAACGGUAUAUAUGUGAACAAUGAUUUGACUGUCUAUGUUGCCGAUUAUAACAAUCAUCGAAUACAAAUCUGGUCGGCUAGAGCAUCAAGCAGGAAAACUGUCACUGAGGAUGGAACAUAUGGUUCUGACUUAUCAAGACUAAAUAAUGCAUCGGCGCCGAAUUCAACUACCGAUGUUUGCAUUAUCAGUUGCACAGGGAACUAUGGGACAAGUACCCGUCAGUUGAAUUAUCCAGUUGACCUACAAUUUGAUAGUUAUGGGUCAUUGUAUGUAUGUGAUAAUGGAAAUCAUCGAAUACAAAAAUUCGCUAUUUUACACAAUCCAAUCGAAACAAUUACGACAAGUCAAGUUCCUUCUACAGAUUGUUCCGAUCCUAUUAUUUCACGUUGGCCCUACAAUCCAUCAAUCUCGAUGCCUCGACAAAUUCGUCGAAGUGAAGAUUUCUCCAUCAGUUCUUCUCUCGACUUAUAUUGCAAGCAAUCACUUGCUGUAUUUGAACAGUGGACGAUUCAUAAAUGCUUAGACUCCUCGUGCAGUUUAAAACAAUCAAUGACAAUCUCAUCAGUACACUUAACACUCGUUGAAUUAUUCAUUCCAUCAAAAACACCCGAUUAUAGAGUAUACCAACUGACUCUAACUGCAUAUCAACAAUCAUUGAUUGUCAAUCCAGAAAAAUUCUCAAUUGAUCCCGAUCAAUCUCAUUUCAACUCCACAAAUUGGAACUACACUUAUUUCUACGGUAUCUAUAAUCAAGUCCUAUCACCAAUUGACAUGUCGCCCAACAACGGAAGUUUAUGGAGCUACGGAUUAAACUCAUCUCGUUCAUCGCUCGUCAUAUCUCCCGGCUUUCUUUCAUCCAAUCAAACGUACCAUUUCCAAGUUCAACUGACAAGUAUCUACAAUUCUUCAGUAAUUUCCACUGGCAAUCUUUUAGUUCAAGUUCAAGAUGAUAUAUCAAUGGUAAUCAUCAUUAAGGAAGCACAUUACACAUCUCCUUACGCACACACACUCUCAGAUGAAUUCGCGCAUCUUCUAUAUGGCGGAAAUCAAAAUGGUGUUUGUCAAGUUUUGACAUCGAUUAGUCAAGUGUUAACUGCUACAACCAAUCAACCUAAUUAUCUUUCCAUGUUGCAGUUCGAUGCCCGGCCCUCUCAAUUUCUUGAUACAUUGAAAUAUGUUCGCAAAGAUUUGUUCUACUUUGGAUGGAUUUUUCUUAUUAUUUACAUUUCGUUCAUGUCAUUGUUCUAUUUGCUGUUUCAUUCAAAGAUUUGGACGUGUUCGGAACUGUAUCGUACCAAUGAGAUUUUGUUGUUGUUAAAAUUUGAUAGCGAAGAUUUGUAUCAGGCAAAUGUUGUUCUUGGACCUCUGGUGUUCGCAUUAUUUAUCUAUUUUGCGGUGUUUAUCUGUGGUACUAUGAUGAUUGCAAUUAUCAAUAAUGGUUUUCGACAGAUUCGGUCAGUGGAUCAGACGAUGGCGACUAGUGAUGAAAAUCUUUUUGUAUUCCUGUUGGAACAUGCGAAGCAUAAAUUGGGUUUUCGUGGAAAGAAUGGAAUGAGACCGCAAGACGAGACAAGUGUCGAACAUGACAGUCCAGUGGACGAAUUAUUAAGCGAAAUAGAUGAAUUGGAUAGGAUACUAAAGAAGGUAUGUAUACGCAUUCGAUAA